UAGCCACCGUCCUCAUCUUACCUCUUUCUUCUAAGGCCCAGGCUCUUCCUCGUUGAUUUGCAUCUGCUUUCUUUCAUUUUUCUCUGAUCCACUGUUCACUUUCCUUGCAAAUCAACAGACAUGGCCGGGGCUGUAGUAGGAGGAGCACUUCUCUCGGCUUCUCUCCAAGUUCUAUUUGACCGGAUGGCUUCUCGCGACGUCCUCACCUUCCUCCGGGAACAGGAACUCAGUGCUACCCUCUUAAGGAACUUGCAGCUGAAAUUGCUGGAAGUUCAGGCAGUGCUGAAUGACGCCGAGGCCAAGCAAAUCACGAAUUCAGCUGUCAAAGAUUGGGUCGAUGAGCUGAAAGAUGCUGUGUAUGAUGCGGAGGACCUGGUGGAUGAUAUCACCACGGAAGCUUUACGACGCAAGAUGGAGUAUGAUUCUCAAACUCAGGUACGGAACAUCAUCUUUGGUGAGGGAAUCGAGUCCAGGGUAGAGGAGAUCACUGACACACUAGAAUAUCUUUCACUAAAAAAAGAUGUUCUCGGGUUGAAAAAAGGCGUUGGAGAAAAUCUGUCAAAAAGAUGGCCGACGACUUCCUUGGUAGAUGAGUCUGGGGUGUACGGUAGGGAUGUUAACAGGGAGGAGAUAGUUAAGUUUUUGUUGUCCCAGAACGCAAGUGAGAAUAAGAUAAGUGUGAUCGCCCUGGUGGGUAUGGGCGGUAUUGGAAAGACCACACUUACUCAGCUGGUCUAUAAUGACAGGAGAGUGGACAUAUAUUUUGACCUUAAAGCAUGGGUUUGUGUUUCAGACGAAUUUGAUCUUGUCACGAUAACGAAAACAAUUGUUAAAGCAAUCGAUUCUGGGGCUUCUGAUGACAAUGAUUUGAAUCUGCUUCAACUUAAACUGAAGGAGCGACUUAGCGGGAAGAAAUUCUUACUUGUCCUUGAUGAUGUUUGGAACGAAAACUUUACUGAUUGGGAUAAGCUACAAACUCCAUUCGUUGUUGGCCUAAAUAGGAGUAAGAUUAUUGUAACUACAAGAAGUAAUAACGUUGCAUCAGUCAUGCAUUCAGACCGUAUUCAUCAUUUGGGACAGUUAUCCUUUGAGGACUGCUGGUCGCUAUUUGCAAAACAGGCAUUUAAAAAUGGAGAUUCUAGUCGGCAUCCAAAGCUAGAAGAAAUUGGCAAAGAGAUUGUAAAAAAGUGUAAAGGAUUGCCUUUGGCUGCAAAGACCCUCGGGGGUGCCUUAUAUUCAGAAUUACGAAUAGAAGAAUGGGAAAAUGUAUUGAAUAGUGAAACUUGGGAUUUACCAAAAGAUGAAAUUCUCCCUGCCUUAAGGUUAAGCUAUUCUUUCCUUCCUUCACAUUUAAAGCAGUGUUUUGCAUAUUGCUCAAUUUUUCCUAAAGACUAUGAAUUUGAAAAGGAAAACUUGAUUCUAUUAUGGAUGGCAGAAGGUUUUUUAGAACAAUCUGUUGGCAAGAAAACAAUGGAAAAGGAGGGGGAUGAGUACUUUCAUGACCUAGUGUCAAGGUCAUUUUUUCAGAAGUCUAGUAGCCACAAAUCAUAUUUUGUAAUGCAUGAUCUCAUCAACGACUUGGCCCGACUUGUUUCCGGAAAAUUUUGUGUUCAGUUGAAGGAUAGGAAGAUGAAUGAAAUUUCUGAAAAGUUUCGCCACUUAUCAUAUUUUAGAAGUCGAUAUGAUCUCUUUGACAGAUUCAAUACCCUUACUAACAUCAAUGGCCUUCGGACCUUCUUACCCUUGAACCUAGACUAUUCGCCUAGGUAUCACUUGAUGGAUAAGACUUUAAAGAAUGUGCACCCAUACAAUUAUAGUGUUUUACCAGGGUUUCGAUUAAGUAAUAGAGUUCCAAAUGAUUUAUUAUCGAAAAUUCAAUAUUUGCGAGUGUUGUCAUUGUCUUACUAUCGGAUAAUUGAUUUGCCUGAUACGAUUGGAAAUUUGAAACACUUGCGCUAUUUGGACCUUUCCUACACAUUCAUCAAAAGGUUACCGGAUUCAAUUUGUAGUUUGUAUAAUUUACAAACAUUAAUAUUAUCUUUUUGUCGUUGUCUUGUUGAAUUGCCUGUAAUGAUGAGCAAAUUGAUUAGGUUGCGCCAUCUUGAUAUUAGGCAUAGCCAAGUGAAAGAGAUGCCAAGUCAAAUGGGUCAAUUAAAAAGUUUACAAAAAUUGACUAAUUAUAGAGUGGGCAAGAAGAGUGGGACAAGGGUUGGAGAGUUGAGGGAGCUUUCCCACAUUUGUGGCAUUCUUAGCAUUGAAGAGCUACAGAAUGCGGUCGAUGGUGGGGAUGCCUCAGAGGCUAAUUUGGUAGGCAAGCGGUACCUGGAUGAUUUGCAGUUGGAGUGGAAUGACGGAUAUGGUGUUGAACAAAAUGGAGCAGACAUAGUGCUGAACAACUUACAACCUCAUUCAAAUUUGAAGAGACUCACGAUUCACGGGUAUGGUGGUUUAAGAUUUCCAGAUUGGUUGGAAGGUCCUGCAAUCCUGAUCAAUAUGGUGUCCCUGCGUCUCUGGCGUUGUAAGAAUGUGUCAGCCUUCCCACCGCUUGGACAACUACCCUCUCUUAAACAUUUAUAUAUCAAUGGGGCGCAGGAAGUAGAAACGGUCGGUGCUGAGUUUUAUGGGACUGAUUCUUCCUCAACUAAGCCUUCCUUUGUUUCCCUAAAAGCUCUAUCAUUUGAUUAUAUGCCAAAAUGGGAGAAAUGGUUGUGUUUGGGAGGCCAGGGUGUAGAAUUCCCUCGUCUCAAGGAGCUUUAUAUACAGUAUUGUCCCAAGCUAAAAGGGGACUUGCCAAACCAUCUGCCAUUGUUGACGAAACUAGAGAUUAAAGAAUGUAAGCGGCUUGUGGCUCCACUUCCAAGGGUUCCAGCCAUCCGGGAAUUAACGACGAGGAAUAAAGGCCGUGUGUCUUUGAUGAGCCCAGCUAGUGAUUUCAUUUGUCUUGAGAGUUUGAUUACUUCUGACAUCUCACAGUGGACGGAACUGCCACCAGUACUGCAGAAGCUCUCGAUUGAAAAAGCCGACUCUUUGGAGUCCCUACUGGAGGAGGAAAUAUUGCAAAGCAAUACUUGUCUUCAAGAUUUGACAAUCACAAAAUGUUCUUUUUCCAGAACCUUGCGCAGAGUUUGUUUGCCCAUUACAUUGAAAUCAUUGCGUAUCUAUGAAUCGAAGAACCUAGAGUUGCUCCUACCUGAGUUCUUCAAAUGUCACUUCUCUUUACUUGAAAGGUUGGACAUCCUCGAUAGUACUUGCAAUUCUCUCUGCUUCCCGCUCAGCCUAUUCCCAAGGUUGACUCGUCUUCGGAUCCUCAGGCUCAAAGGCCUUGAAUCCCUCUCCUUUUCAAUUUCAGAGGGGGAUCCUACAUCUUUUGAUUACUUGUCCGUCAUUGAGUGCCCAAAUCUUGUGUCUAUUGAAUUGCCAGCGCUCAAUUUCUCACGAUCUUUCAUCGGCCAUUGCAAGAAUCUCAAGUCGCUGUUGCACAAAGCUCCAUGCUUUCAGUCAUUAGCAUUGGAAGGUUGUCCUGAAUUGAUAUUCCCAAUACAGGGUCUUCCCUCCAACCUAACUUCACUUUCAAUUAUAGACUCUGAAAAAUUCAGAUCCCAGAUGGAGUUGGGUCUGCAAGGUCUGACGUCUCUUAGACAUUUCAGCAUUUUAAGUGAAUGUGAAGACUUGGAGCUAUUUCCAAAGGAAUGCCUGCUGCCCUCCACCCUUACCUCUCUCGAAAUCUCACAUCUUCCAAAUCUCAGGUCUCUGGACAGUAAGGGGCUUCAAUUGCUCACCUCUCUGCAAAACUUGGAUGUCAGAAAUUGCCCGAAGCUCCAAUCCUUGACAGAAGAGGGGCUGCCCACGUCCCUCUCUUUUCUAACAAUCGAAAACUGUCCGUUGCUGAAAGAACGGUGCAACUUUGGGACAGGUGAAGAUUGGCACCAUAUAGCUCACAUUCCACACAUUUUGAUUGAUGACCAACUUUUGCAAUGAAGGCUUUGUACAUGUUUCCUGAAGCUGGUGCACCAAGCAGCUCUAUGUAUGAAGGGAUCAAUUCUGACGUGUGGCUAAUUAGACUCCUGAUCAGAUCUUGAUAAUCUGAUUUAAAAUCAUCGUAAAUCAGGUUUAACAUAUGGGCAUCGACACUUUCUGAAAGACUCGAAGUAGCUCUCCAGGCUAUCAAUUUGAUUUGCAAAAUGCUACAGAUGUGGCUGUUCAAUUCUCACAUCAACGAAUUGUUCAUAUAUCCCAAGCUUUUAGCCUUGAGUUUCUCAACAUUGUCGGAGGCUUUUGGCAACUGUCCAACCAUUUCAACUCCCUUCAAGAAUUGUUCAAUAUGCUUCUGCCUUCAAUUUAAGAUUUUUUACUCAAGUCUAGAAGGGUUAUUUGGGAACAGAUACCUGCAACAAUGUCUUAUUUUUUCCAAAAAGCAAUGGGAGCAGCUCGGAGAACUUCUAAGAAGAAACAAAGUUUCCUUGCAACAACUGAAAACAUAUCUUUUGGAGCAGUCCCAGGAGGAAGAUUUGCCAUUGCCUGCCCAUGCAAUAGACGGGUCUUUAGUUGCAAUGCUCUCCUCGUCGUCCUUCUUGCUAUGGCGAUGAAUCCAAUGAUCUCCCUCUUCAGUCGCAGCAACAAACCCUGCCACUAUGCGGAGUUUUCUGUAAGCAUGGGAUGCUUAUCUGCUUCACCAUUUUUCAUUUUAGGUUUGAGGUAGCCAGCUUGUAGGGCACAAAUCUGAAGUAAGUUCAUUCGAACUCAACAGAACCUUGGAUGCAUUUUCCUUUGAUGACUAAAUGACAACCUAUCUUAAUCCUUGCUUUUAAAUCCUCUGGUGUGUGGACUGAAAUGGUCCCAUAAUGAUAGAGAACUUGCAUCAAGUGGUAAUGAUAAUCAGCAUUCUUAGCAACCAGUUUUGAAGUUGACAGGGCACACAGCUACUGUGAAAGACAUAGCUUGGUCACCUCACCAGAGUGGCCUCCUUGCAUUUGGAGGUGGGACUGCGGAUCAGUAUAUCUGCUUCUGGAGUACCACAAGUGGGAAUCAAUUAAACCAUGUUGACAUAGGAAGCCAGGUAUAUAAUCUGGCAUGGAGUAAGAUGUGAACGAGGUAGUCAGCACUCAUGGCUAUUCCCAAAAUCAGAUUAUGGUCUGGAAACAUCCAUCAAUGACAAUGGUUGUAGCUCUAAUUGGUGAUAGUUUGCGGGCACUCUACCUAUUUACAGAUGCAUAAGUGAAUUCCAUAAACAAUAGUGAGUGCAGCAGGGGAUGAGACAUUGCAGUUUAGGAAUAUCUUCCCUUCCAUGAAAACACCAGUAAGCAUGACGAAACUUUGAAAAAACAAUUAGUGGUUAACUUCCAUCAUCCAAAUACAGUUGUUUGGUCAUUGGGACAAAGGCAUAUUUGAUGAAAAUUCUGCACAUAUGGACAGAGAAGUGGCGUAGAGACAGAAUCAACUUGCAGCUUGGUACUCUCAGUAAGCUAAUGCCUAAGUCUAAAAAGAUAUGAAGCUAAAAGAAAUUUCUCAUUCAACUACGAUGACCAAAGUUGUAGAAAUUUCUCAUAUUGUAGUCUUCUUCUGAAUCAGAUAAAAGUCAAGAGACUUUCUCACGAUGAUUCUGGUUCACUUGGAUAGACCUGAAGCCAAGAACGAACGCCAUUGGGAAGGAGAUGCAGAGAGGCUUACAAAACACUUUUGUAGCUAUUAUCAUUGGGGUUGGAUGAUAACUUCCAUUUGGCUGUGAAGAAGGUAGAUGGUAGAGGCCAGGAUGCUGAGAGAGAAUUUGAGAUGCUUGUCCUGGACUCUGCUGAGUCUCUGAUCUUCCAAGUGAAAAGCCCUGCAGAAACGCUUCUGAUCAUGCCUUGGAGACACAUGCAUUCUUAGCAACCAGUAUUGAAGUUGACAGAGCACACAGCUGCUGUGAAGGCCAUAGCUUGGUCACCUCACCAGAGCGGCCUCCUUGCAUUUGGAGGUGGGACUGCCAAUCUGUAUAUCCGCUUCUGGAGUACUACAAAUGGGAAUUAAACCAUUUUGACAUAGGAAGCCAGGUGUGUUUUCAACUUUUGUGGGGUUGCAAAUCUAACUGGUCACAGUUUGCGAGUACUCUAUCUUGCCAUGUCAUCAGAUGGUCAGACAACAGUGAUUGGAGCAGGGGAUGAGACAUUGCAGUUUAGGAAUAUCUUCCCUUCCAUGAAAACACCAGCACCAGUCAAAGAUACAGGUGUUUGGUCAUUGGGAUGAAGGCAUAUUUGAUGAAAACUCUGCACACAUGGGCACAAAUCUAAAGUAAAAUUUAGCUGUGUUGUUUAUAUUUAACCACAGCCAGGCAGAGAAGUGGCGUAGGGACAGAAUCAACUCACAACUUGCUACUCUCGGUAAGCUAAUCCCCAAGUCUAAAAAGAGAUGAAGCUAAUCCCCAAGUCUGAAAAGCUGCUUGUCUUGGACUCGGCUGAGUCUCUGAUCUUCCAAGUGAAAAGCCCAGCAGAAACGCUUCUGAUCAUGCCUUGGAGACACAUGAUAGGUAGUGGUCAUUUUUGAAGUUCUCCAAAGAUCAAAUGACUUGCAGACUUGUUCACUGAUGUUUAUGAUGUUCCACUAUCAAUCCUCUUCAAGCAAGAACGGCAGCUUAGAGAAACCAUCAGGAGGCACCCACAAGACUACCCCUCUGAUGUUCUUGUUUAGGCCAUGCUUGUGGAUGAAGAUCUCGGAAUUCUAACUUUGGAAAGAUUUAAAUUUCAGAAAUGGCCAUGGGAAGCUUAUAAAGUUGUAUUGGAUUUAAAGUUG